AUGAUUAACAUUCUUCUAUUCUUUGCAUGUUUUAUCAUAUACGGACAAACGCUUUCAAUCAAACAGUUAAAAUAUUGUGAAAUAUGCAUCAUCAAUUCGGAAUGCGGAGAUGAUACCAUUCGUUUCAAUAUUUCCAUAUCCAAGCAAUGUCUCAAUCCGCUAAACGUCUAUUUUACAUAUAUCACUGAUGUUAACAGGAAACCACGUUAUUUUAAUACGACUACAACAUGCACACAUUGCUAUACUACAGUUGAAAUUGAUACUGUUCGCAGUGCCUGGGACUAUGUCUUAACACUUGAAUCGCCUCGACCGUUAAUGACUUGUCCAACGAAACAUGUUGCUCAUUGUGGAGGGAAAAUGUCCCGUUUAAUUUGGUAUAUCACCGGCGGUCUUUCUGGUCUUACUCUUGUUAUCGGCUUUAUUGUGUGUGGUUUGAAACACUGUCGAACUGCAACAAAGCCCGUGAAACCACUGAAAUCGUCAAAAAAGAAAAAAGCAGACGUAUCAGCAAUUAACACCUAA